AUGAGACAGAUAUAAAUUGGAGCGCGAUAGGUUCAUGUACCAGUACGUUGGAACCAGGGAGCUGUGGUUGGAACCUAGAUGGGAAAAUGUUGUUUCGUUACAUUGCGUUGUGUUGCCUAUUUCUAACUGAGUUUUCGCAUGGUCAUCCAGUAGAAAGAUACACCAGAGAUGUGGACAAACGUGCUCUAUCUGACGAUGAACCAGAGGACGGCGAGCCGUUGAUAACGACAUGGCCAGAUUUACCAACUGGUGUAAUCACGCCCCAGUUUGAUGCACAAACGACAUACGGUCAGAACGAGGAGGACGCUAUGUCGUACAUCUUGACAGAAAACCGUCUUCUCAUUAAUGACCCAGACUCGGGGUUCUUAGAGGGCGAUAUCUACAUCGGACCGGAUUUACCACGUAAUGCGAUUACAAACAUGAAUCAACGAUGGUCCGGUGGUAUCGUGCCGUACGAGAUAGACUACGGCUUCGAUAGCGGAGCACGUUCCCGUAUCAUGGAUGCUAUAAGCCAGUACACUCAAUAUACUUGUAUUAAGUGGACGCCGCGUACAAAUCAACGGGAUUACGUCAGAAUCGUUCCAAAAUCUGGAUGCUGGUCUGCUGUCGGUCGUACUGGCGGUAUGCAAGAACUCUCCGUUGGGGGCAGCUGUACUUGGUCCCGGGGUACGAUUAUGCACGAAAUGAUGCACGCUGCAGGGUUUCACCACGAACAGACUCGAACCGACAGGGACAGCUACGUCACAAUAUACUGGGCGAACAUUCAAAGAGGAAUGGAAUACAAUUUUGAAAAAUACAACUUAGACAGUCUUGGAACUGAAUACGAUUACGCAUCUAUUAUGCACUAUCCUCGUAAUGCUUUUUCUGUCAAUGGUCAGGACACCAUCGUACCUAGACAGAGUGUACAGAUCGGAAAUCGAAACUCAUUCAGUCAACUCGAUAUCUAUGAGUUGAAUAAACUAUAUGAAUGUGAUGGUAGUGAUGGCGGUGGCGGCGGAGGCGAAGUGGGUGGAGACUGCAAUGAUAAAGACAAUGGAUGUUCCGGUUGGGCUCAACAAGGGUACUGCCGGGGCACAUACGGGGAAUGGAUGUCAGAGAACUGCAAAGAUAGCUGCGGUAUCUGCGACGACAAAGAUUGUGUAGACAACGACAACAGAUGCGACGGUUGGGCUCGACGUGGAGAGUGCACUGCCAACCCUGAGUAUAUGCUGACUAACUGCCAAAAGAGCUGUAAGGAGUGUAGCGGUGGCGGUGGUGGAUCGAUAUGCACAGAUGCAAAUGUGAAUUGUGAAUGGUGGGCCAAUCAGGGCUACUGUACUGGAACCCAUUCGGCAUAUAUGAAGAAGAACUGCAAAAAAAGCUGCGGGCAGCAGUGUAAUGGGAAUAGUCCAAACAGUGAAGGUACGGCAUGUUACGACUAUGACUUUAACUGUGGGUAUUGGCAGAGUAUAGGAGAAUGUGCUAGGAACCCAGCGUACAUGCUACAGAACUGUCAAGCAAGUUGUGGAGUGUGUUAAACUACUAAUAACUUAAUCCAUUAUAGUUCACGGAGUUGAAACUAAAUAAACAAAGAGCUCAUCU